AUGGAGUUUACCGCCAGGGAGGUGGCCGAGCACAAGAGCCCGCAAGAUGCGUGGCUCACCAUCCACGGCAAAGUCUAUGAUGUGACCAAGUACCUGCACGACCACCCUGGUGGCGCCGAGGUGCUCACUGAAGCUGCGGGCACCGACGCCAGCGAUGAGUUCGACAAUGCUGGCCACUCGGAGGAUGCUUUCGAGGCUAUGGAGUUGUACUUGGUGGGUACCCUGCAAGGCUUCCAGAAGAAGAAGCCCAAGCGCAAACCGGUAGGCGUUGUCACGCCGCCCACGACGCAGCCUGGCCGGAGCGGCGGCGAUGUCAGGGGCGGCAGCUCCGUCACCAAGAUGGUCAACCUCGGCCUCUUCUCGCUCAGCGUGGUGGCUCUGUACUACGCCGGCCGCCAUUGGGGCUUUAGGUCGCCUAGAUGGGUUACACCGCUUUUACAGCGCAGCGGCAGCGGCAACACGUCUGGCGGACCUGGCUUCACCAGAGGCAUCCUCAUCGGGGGCGGCGUGUUUGCUGCCAUUGAUGCGGUUGUCGCACAUAGGUUCGCGCAGCUGGUAUGGGGCAGCAAAAAGUCCUUCACCAGCUAUCCUGCGCAUAUGAAGGUGCCGAGGCGCGUCGAGGAGGACACGCUGCUGCAGAGAGGGCUCCUCGACCCAGUCAAGUACUCGUCGCUGCCACUCAAGACCAAGACGCUCAUCGCCCCCAACGUCUACCGCCUCACUUUUACCCUCCCCACCACGAGCACCGUACUGGGCCUGCCCAUAGGGCAGCACGUCGUCAUCAAGGCCGACGUCGCCGGCGAGAGCGUCGCCCGGUCUUACACUCCCGUGUCCAACAACGCAGACCGCGGCGUCCUCGAGCUCGUCGUCAAGGUGUACCCCGACGGCAAGCUCACCAACGGCUACCUGGCGGGCCUCGAGAGCGGCGACGAGGUCCUCUUCCGGGGCCCCAAGGGCGCGAUGCGGUACCGGGCCGGCCUGUGCAGCAAGAUCGGCAUGGUCGCCGGCGGCACGGGCAUCACGCCCAUGUUCCAGGUCAUCCGCGCCAUCUGCGAGGACGACCGCGACACGACGCAGGUCAGCCUCAUCUACGCGAACCGCACCGAGGAGGACAUCCUCCUGCGCGAGGAGCUCGACGCCUUUGCGCGGCGGUACCCCAAGAACCUGCAAGUGUACUACCUGCUGGACCAGCCGCCGGAGAAGUGGCAGUAUGGAUCGGGCUACGUCACGCGCGAGCUGAUGCAGGAGAAGCUGCCGGCGCCGGGGCUGCACACCAAGAUGAUGCUGUGCGGACCGCCGGGCAUGGUCAACGCGGCCAAGAAGUCGCUCGUGAGCCUUGGCUUCGAGCAGCCGGGGGCGUCGGCGAAGGCCACUGAUCAGAUUUUCUGCUUCUAA